CUUCUCUAAAAAUAUUGGCAAUCUCAAUUCAUUUCUGUCAUAUCCCAACAAUCCUCGAAAUCUUGACUACAUCUUGUUGGGAUUACGCUCCAUUAAUUCUUUACUCAUCCAUUCAUUCCUUUUCAUUUAUUUCUUAAACCCAAAUAACUCCACUCUAGUGCUUAAAUACUUCAUGAUUCUACACUUCUUUUUUACCUCAAUUCAGCUGCUUCAGAUGUUUUUGUUCUACUUCUCUUACAUUUCUUUGAACUUAUUCUCGGUGUAGGAGGUCAGGUUUAAGGAGUUUGAUUUUUUUCUCCCAUCUUAGCUCUAAGGAGCAAAAAUGGGAGGUGUUUGUACAGGUGGAACAGCGAGAAAUAGAGCAGAAAUUCACCAUGAGAGGAGCUCAGGUUCUUCUGAAAAGCUCAAGUCAAUCAAGAGUUUUGAAGAGCCAAAGAAUGAGUCUUCUUCUUCUUCUUCUUCUACUUCAUGUCCUGAUAAGGAUGGUUUUCGUAAGACGCCGAAUCUCUAUGAUUCUGGUGAGUUGUGUUUGUCUAUUUCCCGGGAGUUAAGGCCAUCUCCACCUACUAGGACAGGAGCUAACAAGGCCCCGAGCUCUUUUCUUGGAAAAGCCAGUACAGUUGGCCUAGAAAAGGCGGUAGAAGUUUUAGAUACACUUGGCAGCAGCAUGAUAAAUUUGAACUCUGGAGGCUUCUUGACUGGCACGGCUUCUCGAGAAAACAAAAUAUCUAUUCUUGCAUUUGAAAUUGCGAAUACUAUCACCAAAGGUGCAAAUUUAUUGCAAUCUCUUUCUGAAGAAAGUGUCCGGUAUUUAAAGAAGGAAGUUCUUCCUUCAAAAGGUGUGCAACAGUUGGUUUCUACUAAUAUGAAAGAGCUGCUUACUAUAGCUGCUGAUGACAAAAGGGAGGAUUUUGCUGUUUUCUCUCGUGAAGUCAUCAGAUUUGGAGAUAUGUGCAAAGACCCACAAUGGCACAAUCUUGGUCGAUAUUUUUCCAAGUUAGACAUGGACACUGUUACUCAUAAACAGCCAAAAGCACAGGCUGAAAUGGCAAUGCAGGAACUGAUAACUCUGGCUCAGCAUACUUCUGAAUUGUAUCAUGAGCUGCAUGCGCUGGAUAGAUUUGAACAGGAUCAUCGAAGGAAUCUUGAGGAAAUCAAAUUUUUAAAAGUGCCUCCCAAAGGAGAAGGUCUCAUGAUGUUACAAAGUGAGCUAAAACAUCAAAGAAAAACUGUGAGGAUAAUGAAAAAGAAGUCUCUUUGGUUCAAGAGUCUGGAGGAGGUUGUGGAGAAGCUUGUUGACGUUGUUACUUUUAUUCAUCAAGAGAUCUCAGAAGCAUUUGGGGAUGACGGGUUGGCAUCUUUUGGCAAGGAGCCUACUAGGAAACCAGAAAGAUUGGGAGAAGCCGGUCUUGCUCUACACUAUGCUAACCUAAUUACUCAAAUAGAUAACAUUGCAUUACGCCCCACUUCCGUUCCUCAUAACAUGAGGGAUUCGUUAUAUAAUGGAUUGCCCCCCACCGUAAAGACAGCCCUUCGUUCUCGAUUGCAGGCAGUCACCAAGGAAGAGCUCACAAUUCCUCAACUCAAAGCAGAAAUAGGAAAAACUCUCCAGUGGCUUGUCCCAGUAGCUACAUAUACUAUACGAGCACAUCAAGGUUUCGGCUGGGUUGGAGAGUGGGCUAAUACUGGCAGAAACAAUUCUGGCAAGAAGACUCCUACACACAAGAACAUAAUUCGGUUGCAGACUCUCUAUCAUGCAGACAAACGAAAGAUGGACCAGCAUAUCAUUGAACUAGUCACGUUGCUUCAUCGCAUCACCAGCCUGAGAAGAGAUGAUGAACCUAAGGCUUUACCUGAAAGAUCACCGCGCAAAGGACUGGUUUUGCAUACUGAGAUGAUGAACAAUGACACGAAAACAUCUAACGUGCAGCUCUCUUUGGAAGAUAGGAACUUAUUGGAGGAGGUAAUGAAGAGGGGAAUGUUGGUUCCUGGAAUAAGCAAAAGCCAGGAACUAGUGAUGCCCAAGAAGCGAACGAAACAGGUCUUGGCUCGAAGUAGAAGCGCUGGUACUUCUCCACAGACAGGGUUAAAACAUGCAAAGGCUAAUGUUUUGGAUGUAUUAGAUGGAUUAGAACCAACAUUUUGAGCUGCUAAACAAGAUCUCAAGUUAAAGGGUUCAUUAUUUUGUUGAUUCUUGGUUACUUAACUCAAUCUCUUGUACAGUCUCGUAUAAGGGUGGCAAAUGGCAAUAAUUUAAUAUAAAUCUUUAUGAUUUCUAAGAUUAUA